UCUGAUUGGCGGACGCGCGGACGGACGGACUGCCGAGCAUCCAAAGCAAUGGAGCUCGCCGAAGCGUUCGUCACCGGCAUCGCCAAGGCCGCCGAUCCGCGCAAAGUGAGUGACGCGGACUACGCCAAACUUCUCGACAAAGUCUUCAGUGUGGUCGCGACCGACGGUGAAACGGGAGCGGGCGAUGUCGACGACGAGUCGGCGACAGCGGGCGAUGACUUCAAAGAUGGCUGCGCCGGACUUAUUGCCUUGGUGCUCGAAAGCUCGCGCUUCAACCUGGACGAUUCUCAGUUCGCGUUGCGACUCGAAGAAUACGGAAUGACCGGCGCCCGCGCGGACACUUUGGUCCGCAAGUACGCGGCGAACAAGCAGUUGGUGCGCGUCGAACUUAGCCGCAUCGGAAAGCGGCCGCCUCACGUCACCGGCGUCGACUGGAGCGUCGAUUAUCGGGUCAAGAGCAACCAUCUCGAGCGCAUCGGCGAGCCGAUAUUCCACAUCGAGCUCAAGACUUCCUCCGAGAAUCCAGUGUCGUUCGCGUGCAACAUGGCGCAGAUGCAGGACCUGCUGCAUAGCCUGCGGGACGCCGCAAAGUGCGUUGAAAACAAGGCGCAGGGGGGCGGAUCUUGAGGACACAUGCCAGUUUACUUUUUUUUUUUUUUUGUAAAUAAAAGCUUCUCUAGCGAAA